GAGAAAAGAUAUUACUUAAAAUUAUACUGAGAAAUAAUAUAAUAUGUAAAAAGAAAAGAUGAUAAUUUAAAAUUGUUUAUCUUUUAGAAAUCAUCAAGCAUGUUAUUCGGAAGGGAAGUCUUCCGUUUCGCCCACGAGUUGUGAAACUAGAUUGCUCUUUCGACUGUGUCAUUGAUUGUAUGCAGGAAUGUUGGUCUGAAGAACCUGAAAACCGGCCGGACUUCAAAACUAUCAGAGCAAAACUGAGACCUAUGAGAAGAGGAAUGAAACCAAAUAUUUUUGAUAAUAUGUUGGCUAUAAUGGAAAAAUAUGCAAAUAAUCUCGAAGCUCUGGUAGAUGAAAGAACAGAUCAGUUGAUAGAAGAGAAAAAGAAAACUGACGCAUUGCUGUAUGAAAUGCUACCAAAGUACGUUGCCGACCAAUUAAAACGAGGUCUCAAAGUAGAAGCGGAGUCUUUCGACUGCGUUACUAUCUACUUCAGUGACGUUGUUGGCUUUACAUCAAUGUCGGCGCAAAGUAGUCCAUUGGAAGUCAUUGAUUUCCUUAACGACCUGUACACGUGUUUCGAUUCGAUUAUUGAAAAUUACGAUGUUUACAAAGUAGAGACCAUAGGGGAUGCAUACAUGGUGGUCAGUGGCCUUCCUGUUAGAAAUGGUGACAAUCAUGCAUCAGAGAUUGCCUCAAUGUCUUUGCAUUUAUUGGAUGCAAUCAAGAAAUUUCCAAUACGACAUAAAAUAUAUGACAAGCUCAUGCUUAGAAUCGGAAUACACUCAGGACCUGUAUGUGCUGGUGUAGUGGGCCGGAAAAUGCCUAGAUACUGUCUUUUUGGAGAUACGGUAAAUACAGCUUCUAGAAUGGAAUCCACUGGUCUGCCUCUUCGGAUUCAUUGCAGUGAAUCGUUUAAGCAGCUGUUGGAAAAAAUGAAAGGAUAUGUUUUGGAAGAAAGAGGCAUAGUUAACAUAAAAGGUAAAGGACAGAUGCGCACAUAUUGGCUUUUGGGACAAGACGACUGCCGAAAAUUGAAUGUUGGAGAAAACAAGAUUAUGGAGAUUUCACCUGCCACACAGACUACAAAGAAGUCUUCUUUGAAGCAAAAAAGCAAGUUAUCAGAUUUUUUAACUUCUCAGCGAAGUCUCUGUCUUGAGUCCCCGAAAAAGAUACGUUUCGAGACAAACAUCUUACAUGAGCAAUAUAAAGAGAUUCCCUUGGUUGGAUCAAGCCCAAAAUUUUCUCCUACUAGACUAAAACGCAUUCGAUCAUUUGAGCUGCUUGUUAAUUCUAAUCCAGUUCAAGAAAACUGCGCAGUUUCUGCUUCUAGUUGGUGCUUGAUUAAUGAAAGUAUUUCUUGUCCAUCUCUUAGGGAGAAUUGCAAGUUUUGCCUUAAGCAGGGCAAUCUGGAAGAAAUCAGCUCAGAAGUCCUCCAGAAUUUUGAAGAAUAUGCCUUUCGGCUCUCAGCAACAAGUUGGCACUCACGUGGAAGAAUCUCCAGAUUACGAUCUUUCGUUUCUGAGUUGGGCGAGAAGAAACAAGUCAUUGUUUAUGAUAAUUUCAAUCACAAAAACUGCAUUCUUGGUCAUUCUGAAAGUGAACCAUUCUUAUCGCAUAUAGUCUAACAGUGAAAGGUGACACUGAAUAAGAAGCAUAAUUUUAUUUAAUGUCUCUUGUGAUAACAGAAAUCAAAUACCCGUGAGAUUUUCAAAUACAUUUAAAACUUAUACUUGAAGAGUUUAUCUGGUUCCAGAUAUCUAUAAAAACUGUAACAGAAAAAAAUUCCCAUUAUUAUUUGUAAAAAUCGCAAUUUCUAUGAAAAUUCGUGACUUAUUAUUUUCAUGUUAUAUAUGUAUGGUGCUAAUAAACAACAUCUUAUUUAUAGCCGUGUCUUUUUUUAUUUAUAAUCAAAAUGAACUUUGAUUUUACAAUGCAUAAAGUAGUAAUAACGACUCUUUAUAGCGAAAUAAUAUUUUUCCUAAAUAAAUGAAGAAUAGUGAGUCUAAUAUGAUAAUUUGAAGCAGCGGGAAUCUUUACAAAAAUGUUGGUCUUAUUCCCAAUUCCUUGAGCAGCUUUAGUUUCUUCCCCAUUUCUAAACUUGAUGCUUAUCUAACAUAUCAAGACUAUUUUCUUCCUAUCUCCUUAAUGAGUGAGUGA